AGUCCCUCAUCUGACGGUGACAGAUUUUUUUCUUUAACUCUCCGAUGAUGAAAAAAAAAAAGAAAGCAGAAACCAAGAAAAGAAAGUGAGGGUGCAGAGUCAUAGAGGAGUCCUUUCCAUGACGAGCUGACGAUCAAGGGUUUGUGGAACCAACGGAAUAUACUGAUUCUUGGUAUGGAUCCAUGGAGGGACAAGCUCGUAGUGAAGAUGGCUUAUAGGGUUUUUGCAAGGAUUUCGUUUGUGGCUAAUUCAUAGGAUGUUAAACGCAAAGUGAAGAUGAGAGAUGAGUGGAAGAGCCUCCCACAGAUUGUGAAUAUGAAACAAAUAUUGAUGGAGCAAAGGAUUUGAAGAGUAAUAAGUGUUUUUGAAGAAACUCUCCGACUGUAAAUGGCAGAUACUGAAGAUGGCUCAAAGCCUAAGAAGAUAGUUUUUGUUACUGUGGGAACAACUUGUUUUGAUGCUCUCGUUAGAGCAGUGGACACUCAAGCAGUUAAAGAAGAGUUGUUCAGAAGAGGUUACACCCACCUUCUCAUUCAAAUGGGCCGUGGAUCCUAUGUUCCUUGGAAGUCUGGAGGAGGAGAUGAGUCCAUAGCUGUAGAUCAUUUCACUUUUUCAUCAAGCAUUGCAGACCAUCUUAGAUCUGCAUCUCUUGUCAUCAGUCAUGCAGGCUCAGGAAGUAUAUUUGAGACAUUGCGGUUAGGUAAACCUUUAAUUGUGGUGGUGAAUGAAGAUUUGAUGGACAAUCAUCAAAGUGAACUCGCAGAAGAACUAGCAGAGAGGAAGCAUUUAUAUUGUGCUCGCCCUCAAACAAUUGAUCAGACAAUUGCAAAUAUGAAUUUGGAGUCUCUCAUUCCAUACACUGCUGGUGAUGCCACACCAGUCGCCAAGAUUAUUAACAGGUUUCUAGGUUUUCCAGAUGAUUGAUGAACUGUAACAUUUUAUAGAUACACUUUUACUGUGUAUAAUCAAGUUGGCAUGGUUUAACAAGGAAUUCCAUUUUUUUAGGGCUCGAGUGGAUGCCCUGUAUAAAAUGAUAAAACUUUUCA